AUGGCAGAAACUCAUCAUCUAUGGAGACAAAUCCUCAACUACUCCAACACCUUCAAACCGUCGCCAUCCUGGGAGGAGAAGGCCUUCGCCGAGGACACCGCCGCCGCCGUCUGGCCGCCGAGGUCCUACUCCUGCAACUUCUGUAUGAGACAAUUCCGGUCAGCUCAGGCCCUCGGUGGCCACAUGAACGUGCAUCGAAGAGACCGUGCUCGUCUCCAAAACAAUCCCAACCGUUCAUUUCUCAUCAAACCAACUCCCACCCUCGAUCUUCAAACUCACCCUUUUUGUCCCAAAAACAACAGAUCAGAUUCUGGGUCGUGUCUCAAACGAGCCAAAGUUUGUGUCUCUGAAGAGCAGCUUGACCUUGAGCUCAAGCUAUAG